GGGAAACGGGUCUAGAAGCCCUCCCACAAAAUUUGCAUCCCCUUCUUUGCGACCAUCUCCAUCACCACCAGAGCCAAAACUCAAGCUUGCUGCUGAUGUGCAGGAAGAGAACAAGAAAAAUAAGAAAUGGCUGACAUAUGAUAAGGAGCACCAAAAGAAGAAAAAGGAGAAGCGGAAGCUGGAGCAGGAUGUAGAUGGGGAGCUGCAAGAGAGAAAAAAGAAGAAGAAGCAAAACCCUAUUGUUGAUGGGGAGCCUGCUGCUAAUGGACAAGAUAAAAACAAGAAAAAAGAGAACUCAAACCCGAACCGUAAUUCGGUUGGUGAUGAGAAGGAAGAGAAAAAAAAAGGAAAAAGCCAAAGACGAAGUUCAUGGAGGAACAAAAAGGCAAAAUGA